AUGAAUCAUAUAACUACAAUAAAGAUACAUGAAACUUCUAAAAACGUUCUAAAUGAUGUGCAGCUCUGGUCAGAUGAGGAAACAUUAAAGUUGCCGAAUGUCACAUCGUGUUUUUCUUUAUCAUGGAUAAGAUAUACAGCACUUCCAUUACAUGUAAUAACUUCACUUCCAAUUACUAUAUAUUCAAAUGAUUCGGCAACUUCGGAUUAUUUCAAAAAGAAUUUGCUUGAAGUUCCCUUAUCAAAUAACAAAAACGAAUUUGGCAUAUUAUGUAAGGCUGAUACGGACACAUAUUUCGUGUUUUACUAUGACAAGGAUGCAGUAAAAAUGAUUACAAUCUCAUUUUCCGAUUUCAAUAAACUACUACCGUAUUUCAACACUAGAUCACAGUCUGCUAUUAAUACACUAGUGGAUCUUUCCAAGCCAAUACGAGCACGUACAAGCACGGUUCUAAUUGAUAAGAUUAUUGAAAAGAAGAAGCAACGACUGAACCCAUUCAUAGCGAACCCGCUGAUACUAGCAAACAAUCCUCCAAAAGUUGACAAUUCACUGAUACUUACAAGUCAAGAACAAAUUAAUAAUGCAAUCAACAGGAUCAUACUAUCCGGUUUAAGAAUGCGUGGGUUAUCACAGAAUCUUGUAACAACCCAUAAUGAUAAAAUUGCAGUUAAAGAAAUCCACCAAAUGACAUUUAAAGCUACUCAGUUUGCAUUGAGAAAACAAAAUUAUAGUUUUAAUAAGAAAUCAGAGGUUAAGAAACCGCUUCGGUUGAAUGAUUUACAGGAUAUAGUUGAAAGUCUUUUACAAUUAUUCGUAGAUGUUGAAUAG